AUGAUGCCUUUCAAAAAAAAUCUCAAAGGACGUUCUCAAUCCGGAGAAGAUGACAGAAAAAAUGUCAUCAAACAAAUUAAAGUCCGAAACCUCAUCAAAGGUGACAAGAGCUGGAUUCACAAACCAGAUGAUACAGAAGGCCAGACCAUAGAGUUACCUCCCACCCAGGAGCAGUCUGCACCUGAACCUCCACCUGUAACAACUCAGAAGGAGAGGACUCCACCUCCCAAGGCUUCACCAGGCUACAUUAUCAGGGGCGUGUUCACCAAGCCUGUUGAUAGCACAUCUCUGCCACAGGCUCAAUGCCCACCUGCGGAAACUUCCAAAAGUUCUACAAUUCCAGGGAAACCUGCCAGUAGCAAACUGCCCCGACACAUGGUCUCUGGUUAUAAAGUCAUUCCUGAUGAAUACAACAAGAAGAUAGCUGAAGCUGCCUCCGGCCAGCUUCCACGAGCUGCCACCUGGGGGCGCUCCUAUGUGCUGUCUGCUGCCAAGAAGAACUCAGAGAGUUCUGCUCAGGACUCAGCACCUGCUUACAUGGCUAAGAGGGUUGAAAUCACAGAGGAUGAAGUCCCUUCUGAGAAGAGUCAGACGCUGCCAUCUUUGGCAAGACAAUUUUUCAACUUCGCCAGUUCUGAUUCAAGCAGAGAGAGACCAAGCUCCUCAUCUUGGCCUGGAAACGUGUCCAGGAAUCUCUUUUCAACUCCCAAAGUUCAAGAAUACAGUGGGAAGAAAGAAGAAACUCACACUCUGCUACCCCAGGAGCCCAAAAUGGAGUCCACUCUUCUUGACCUUUCCUCAGAGACCAGUCAGAAGAGAACUUCUUUGGAACAUAAGGAAAGAAACAUUUCCAGCACUAAAGAGGACAUUCCCACAGAGGAAGAGGACAAAGACACCUAUCCUGAUGAUGCUGACAGGGCAAGUACCUGGUCAACUGACAGUAACCAUGGCUCUACUGGUUCACAAAAUGAUCUGGAUGAAGUAGACCUUCCCUCUAAGAAAGGACCUAUCCUCAGCUAUGGUGAUCACUUCCUCAGUGGCAUUCAUGGAGAAGAGUAUGAGGGCCCUGGUAAACAGCAACCUGUGGAAGUCAACAAACCAAGCCGAUCUGAUCCACAUCCUCAAGAAGGCGGUAUUCGAGAGAUACCUCUGGCUCCACCUGUGCCCAGAGACUACAGACCCUCCUUUUGGAAUCCAACAAGGCAUGGCUCAGAAGAACAUGCUAUAUUUUCUCCAGAAGACCAGUUUGAUCGUUCCAUGAACCUGCAAUACUGCAUGCCCGGAGAGAACACUACCAAGUAUUCCUCUGCCUCUACUGUUACCACCACUGAAAAGAGAUAUGGAAGUUCAGUCAGCUCAGAUGAUCUUUUGCCACCUGAAACCCGGAGAUUCGCAUCAUCCGCUAUCGGCUCCACUGACCAAAGAUUUGGAACCCUGCCCAGCGUGGAUGAAAUAUUGACAUCUGACCACAGGAGCUCUCUUUCUGGUUAUGAGGAGAGAAGUGUUACUACCAUAGUCAGGGAGGCCAGAUGGGACAAAACUGCACAUGCUGGAGCCAAGGGAGACACCCGCCCGGAUCCAAAUAUUCACUACAGUAGCUAUCGAGUCAUCACUCCAGAUUCUGCUCACCAGCUGCCCCUGAAGGGCAGUGGCCAAGAGUACAGCUCCAGAAGAUAUGCCUCUGCUACGGGGGACAGACCAUCCAUGGGCAGUAUGCCUGCCAGCUCUCGAGACAGUGCUUCAGCCUCAGACAGUGAACCACCUGCUAGCUCUGCCAAGAUAAGUGGUGCUACCUGCACUUACUGUUGCAAAGAGAUCAGAUCUGGGCCCAAAAUUACUCUGGAGCAUUUGGGUAUCUGCUGCCAUGAGUGGUGCUUCAAGUGUGGGAUUUGCAAGAAGAAAAUGGGCAAUAUGCUGGAUCAUGUAUACAUCCAUAAGGGAAUCAUACACUGUGACCAGUGUUAUGCAAGACUCUUCUAGUUUCGAUCAGCCUGCUAAGAGUCAUCAUGAAGAUGGGGACCCAUCUUCCUAAGUCUCCAAUUUUACUGUUUCCCCUUAUUACUAAUUCCCAGUUGUUUCCUUUAUCUCUUCCCAUCUAACUCAAUUGAAAAUGUGCCCCACAAAGAUAGUUUUACCAGUCUUUUAUUAGCUUUGAUUUUUAUAUUAUCCAGCAAUUAGCUUUGAUUUUUGUAUUAUCCAGUUUUUAAAAUUAGCUUUGAUUUUUAUAUUAUCCAGCUUUUUUAUUAGCCUUGGUUUUUGUAAUUACCCAGUUUUUUAUUAGUUUUGAUUUUUUAAAUAUUAUACAGUUUUUUUGUUAGCUUUGGGUUUCUUCUUUUUCCAAUUUUUAAAAAAUUACUUUUGAUUUUUUGCAUUAUCCAGCUUUUUAUUACCUUUGAUUAUUUUGUAUUACCUAGUUUUGUUAUUAGCUUUGGGAUUUUUCUUCAUCUGAUUUUUCAUUAGUUUUGGUUUUUUGCAUUACCUAGCUUUUUAUAAGCUUAGAUUGCUAGUCCUUUUUGGAUUGAACUAAUAGCAGAUUUAGAGUAGUGAAGAUUAACUUGGCCUUUAGGUCCUGUUUUUUCAAAUAAGUUUAAAUCUGAGUAUGGUAGUGAUGAGUUUAUUACCUUUGAUUAUUUUGGAUUAUCCAAUUUUUUAUUAGCUUUGGGAUGGGAUUUUUCUUUAAUUUUUGGAUUAGUUUUGGUUUUUUUGCAUUAUCUAGCUUUUUAUUAGCUUUGUUUGCUAGUCCUUUUUGGAUUGAACUAAUAGCAGAUUUAGAGUAGUAAAGACUAACUUGGCCUUUAGGUCCUGUUUUUUCAUAUAAGUUUAAAUCUAUGAAUAUGGUAGCGAUAAGUUUAUUACCUUUGAUUAUUUUGGAUUAUCCAAUUUUUUAUUAGCUUUGGGAUGGGAUUUUUCUUUAAUUUUUGGAUUAGUUUUGGUUUUUUGCAUUAUCUAGUGUUUUAUUAGCUUUGCUAAUCCUUUUUGGAUUGAACUAAUAGCAGAUUUAGAGUAGUAAAGACUAACUUGGCCUUUAGGUCCAGUUUUUUCAUAUAAGUUUAAAUCUAUGAGUAUGAUAGUGAUGAGUUUAUUACUUUUGAUUAUUUUGGAUUAUCCAAUUUUUUAUUAGCUUUGGGAUGGGAUUUUUCUUUAAUUUUUGGAUUAGUUUUGGUUUUUUGCAUUAUCUAGCUUUUUAUUAUUAGCUUUGAUUGCUAAUCCUUUUUGGAUUGAACUAAUAGCAGAUUUAGAGUAGUGAAGACUAACUUGGCCUUUAGGUCCUGUUUUUUCACAUAAGUUUAAAUCUGUGAGUAUGAUAGUGAUAAGUUUAUUACCUUUGAUUAUUUUGGAUUAUCCAAUUUUUUAUUAGCUUUGGGAUGGGAUUUUUCUUUAAUUUUUGGAUUAGUUUUAGUUUUUUGCAUUAUCUAGCUUUUUAUUAGCUUUGCUUGCUAAUCCUUUUUGGAUUUAACUAAUAGCAGAUUUAGAGUAGUGAAGACUAACUUGGCCUUUAGGUCCAGUUUUUUCACAUAAGUUUAAAUCUAUGAGUAUGGUAGUGAUAAGUUUAUUACCUUUGAUUAUUUUGGAUUAUCCAAUUUUUUAUUAGCUUUGGGAUGGGAUUUUUCUUUAAUUUUUGGAUUAGUUUUGGUUUUUUGCAUUAUCUAGCUUUUUAUUAUUAGCUUUGUUUGCUAGUCCUUUUUGGACUGAACUAAUAGUAGAUUUAGAGUAGUGAAGACUAACUUGGCCUUUAAGUCCUGUUUUUUCACUUAAGUUUAAAUCUAUGAGUAUGGUAGUGAUAAGUUUAUUACCUUUGAUUAUUUUGGAUUAUCCAAUUUUUUAUUAGCUUUGGGAUGGGAUUUUUCUUUAAUUUUUGGAUUAGUUUUGGUUUUUUGCAUUAUCUAGCUUUUUAUUAUUAGCUUUGUUUGCUAGUCCUUUUUGGACUGAACUAAUAGUAGAUUUAGAGUAGUGAAGACUAACUUGGCCUUUAAGUCCUGUUUUUUCACUUAAGUUUAAAUCUAUGAGUAUGGUAGUGAUAAGUUUAUUACCUUUGAUUAUUUUGGAUUAUCCAAUUUUUUAUUAGCUUUGGGAUGGGAUUUUUCUUUAAUUUUUGGAUUAGUUUUGGUUUUUUGCAUUAUCUAGCUUUUUAUUAGCUUUGUUUGCUAAUCCUUUUUGGAUUGAACUAAUACCAGAUUUAGAGUAGUGAAGACUAACUUGGCCUUUAGGUCCUGUUUUUUCACAUAAGUUUAAAUCUAUGAGUAUGGUAGUGAUAAGUUUAUUACCUUUGAUUAUUUUGGAUUAUCCAAUUUUUUAUUAGCUUGGGAUGGGAUUUUUUUCUUUAAUUUUCGGAUUAGUUUUGGUUUUUUGCAUUAUCUAGUGUUUUAUUAGCUUUGAUUGCUAGUCCUUUUUGGAUUGAACUAAUAGAUUUAGAGUAGUGAAGACUAACUUGGCCUUUAGGCCUAUCAAUUUAAAUAGAUAAGUAUGGUAAUGAUAUGUUUAUUACCUUUGAUUAUUGAUUGUGUAUUAUCUAACAUUUUAUUAGCUUUGGGAUUUUUAAAAAAUUUUUCAUUAGUUUUGGUUUUUUACAUUAUCUAGCUUUUUAUUAGCUUUGAUUGAUUGCAAGUCUUUUUUGGACUGAACUAAUGUGCAGAACACAUAGAACUGUGAAGAUUAACUUGGCCUUUAGGUCCUGUUUUUUCAUAUAAGUUUAAAUCAAUGAGUAUGGUAGCGAUAUGUUUAUUGCCUUUGAUUAUUGAUUAUUGUGUAUCAUCUAACAUUUUAUUAGCUUUGGAUUUUUCUUUAAUUUUUUCAUUAGUUUUGGUUUUUUGCAUUAUUUAGCUUUUUAUUAGCUUUGAUUGCAAAUCCUUUUUGGACUGAACUAAUGAGCAGAACACAGAACUGUGAAGAUUAACUUGGCCUUUAGGUCCUGUUUUUUCAUAUAAGUUUAAAUCAAUGAGUAUGGUAGCGACAGUGAUAUCUUUAUUACCUUUGAUUAUUGUGUAUUAUCUAAUAUUUUAUUAGCUUUGGGAUUUUUCUUUAAUUUUUCAUUAGUUUUGGGUUUUUGCAUUAUCUAGCUUUUUAUUAGCUUUGAUUGAUUGCAAAUCCUUUUUGGACUGAACUAAUAAGCAGAACACACAGAACUGUGAACAUUAAUUUGGCCUUGAGGUCCUGUUUUUCAUAUCAAUUUAAAUCAAUGAGUAUGGUAGCGAUUAUGUUUAUUACCAUUGAUUAUUUUGUAUUAUACAGCUUUUUAUUAGCUUUGGGAUUUUUCUUUAUCUAAUUUUUCAUUAGGUUUUUUUUUUUUUUUUUUUUUUGCAUUAUAUAUCUAGCUUUUAAAAACUUUGAUUGUUUGCAAGUCAUUUUUGGAUUGAACUAAUAGCAGAUAUAGAGCUGUGAAGAUUAACUUGGCCUUUAGGUCCUGUUUUUCCAUAUCAGUUUAAAUUGAUGAGUAUGGUAGUGAUAUGUUUAUUACUUUUGAUUAUUUUGUAUUAUCUGACUUUUUAUUAGCUUUGGGAUUCUUCUUUAAUUUUUCAUUAGUUUUGAUUUUUUUUGCAUUAUAUAUCUAGCUUUUUAUAAACUUUGACUAUUUGCAAGUCAUUUCUAGAUUGAACUAAUAAUAGCAGAUUUAGAACUGUGAAGAUUAACUUGGCCUUUAGGUCCUGUUUUUCCAUAUCAGUUUCAAUCGAUAAGUAUGGUAGUGAUAAGUUUAUUACCUUUGAUUAUUUUGUAUUAUCCAAUUCUUUUAUUAGCUUUGGGAUGUUUCUUUAAUUUUUCAUUAGUUUUGGUUUUUUGCAUUAUUUAACUUUUUGUUAGCUUUGGGUUUUUUGCAUUAUCCAGCUUUUUAUUAGCUUUGAUAUUUUGAGUCAUCCAGUUUUAGUUUUGGUUUUUCCUUUAUCCAAUUUUUUAAAAAAUUACUUUUGAUUUUUUGCAUUAUCCAGCAUUUUAUUAGCUUUGAUUUUUUUGUAUUAUCCAACUUUUUAUUAAUUUGGUAUUUUGAAUUAUCCAAAUUUUUAUUAGCUUUGAUUUUCUGUAUUAUCCAGCUUUUUUAUUAGCUUUGAUGUUUUAUAUUAUCCAGCUUUUUAUUAGCUUUGGUUUUUCCUUUAUCCAAUUUUUAAAAAAUUACUUUUGAUUUUUUGCCUUAUCUAGCUUUUUAUUAGCUUUGGUAUUUUGAAUUAUCCAGCUUUUUUAAAAAAAAUUAGUCUUGUUUUUUUUAAUUAUCUGCUUUUAUUAGCUUUGGAAUUUCCUUUAUUCAGUUUUUUUUAAUUACUUUUAAUUUUUUGCAUUAUCUAGAGUAGACAGCUGGUAGAUGAAGAAACCUGAAGGAUUCUAGUAAGUUGAAGCCUGAAGAGGGAGAAGCGUGUGGUCCAGAAUUCAUAGGCUUAUUAUUACCACCCGGGCUGUGUGCCUCUUGCUUCUGACAUCUUGCCUCUCCUGAAGCCAACGAGCCCCAUGGUCUUUAUUGAUAUUUCUGUGCUUCCUAUAUCUCCAUGACAGAAAGACAGCCUUUCUCUAAGAUAUCAUAGUAGAGCAAGUAUAAGUUCUGAGCAGCAUGUAUGAAAAUACAUGCCUGGGAAGAACUUCUCAUGAUUUUGGCUGGUUUUCCAUCACACCAGGGGAUGAUAAGUCCCCUUCACAACAGACAUAGACUGAGCUCAGAAUUUUGUAUUUCACUAUACUAACCCAAAAGCUUGACUUCCCUUGAGGUGAGAGUGGGUAUUCUUUAAGGGGGAUGGAAGUGAGGAGUGAAGAGAGGACAGGUGGAUAGAGUAGCUCAGAAUAGGGGCCCAAAUGUAACACACUUUCUCCUCUCCCAGUCCUGCCCCCUUGGUGAAGAAAUAAGCAGAUUCAUUUGGAAGAUUUUUGUAAUCUGCUAAAGAGUGAGAUGGUUUAGGAAGAAGGAUUAUUGCUGGAGGUCCGGGUCUGUACUCACCAAGAGGUUUGCAGUUACCCUGGAGGAAAGUUUCAGAAGCAGUAGCCCACGUGGGCCAAGGAGUAGGGAGCUUUGGUGUCUUCUUGAUGGUCUCUGCUCUCUUCAAACAGGUUCAGAAAGUGGACAAGCCUUUGUCAAGAUGGGGGUUUUGAAGUUCGGUUUUUCCAUUGCUAUUAUCUGUUUUCAGGACCUGCUAUACUGGUUCAUUGUCACCUGUGAACCCUUAUUUAACAUGCUUGCUGCUUAUUAUAUUUAUUGUAAUCACAUAUCAUAAUUCUAAUAAAGAUUCAAGUUUCAGGUU